AUGGGCGACGAGUGGACGACGGACUGGGCGGCGUGGGAGAGCUGCGCUGAGUCAGCACCGAAAGUAGAAGUGGGUGGGGGAAAGGUUAUGGGGAAUCCCCAGGGAAAUCCCCCUGGCGAAGACUGGACUGGUUCGAGCGCGGUUCGGGGGGCGACCGGUGCGGCGCCGACGGAAGGCCCGAAAAGGCAAGGGAGUGUUGGUGGCGGGACGGCUCCUGUGUCAUGCCCCGCCUUCCGCCUUUUACGACCCCGCCCCAACAACGACAUGGCCCUAACUUACCACCUCCCCGCCAUACAACACCACCCCAAUCUCUACCCCAUCGUCCCCAACAAUGUCCAGCCAAAUAACCUCCAUUUUUCCCAGUCCUGGGCCACCUGGCGUAACCCAAGACUCGACAUCCAGACCCCCCCUCGCUCAGAUUCCACCGCAGUGCGUCCAAUAAAGACCCAUCAGCACACAGUGCUCCCACCCAUCUCGAAUUUCGACAGGCCAGCACCGGAGUACACGCUCCCGCCCCUAACAGACUCUGUGGCGCGCACGAGCCCUCCGCUGCCCGCUCCCUCACAGUACGACGCGUACCAGGAGCCAAUCACCCCUCAGUCUCCCUCGCCUUCUCCCUCGCCAAAGCCAGAGGACUUCUCCGAAUGGUUCAACGAAAAAUCACACAUGUCUGCGCAAUUUCUCGCCGAAAAGACCUGUGAAAUGAUCUGCUAUCUCUGGUUCUCCAAGUUUACUCCCCCGACCUCCUCUUCGUCGCAUAAUACCUCGCCUUCGUCCCCCUUUAUCCCACAUCCUAAUUCCAAGACGGCUCUCCUUCAGUUCUCCGUCUCCUCCGUCUUCGUUCACUUCAUGCAGAAACUGCUCGAGACGACCCAGGUCAGCCAGUCGGUCAUCGUAUUGGCCCUGCACUAUAUCUACCGGCUCAAGGAGCGCAAUAACACGUCCGUUCCGCACGCCGGUAGCGAGUUCCGUGUUGCGGUGGCGGGUCUCAUGAUGGCCAACAAGUUCGUUGACGAUAACACCUACACGAACAAGACGUGGUCCGAGGUCUCUGGUAUCGAGCUCACGGAGAUCAACAAGAUGGAGCGGGAGUUUUUGGCGGGGAUCGACUUCGGGUUGUAUGUGGAUAAGCAGAGGUGCGAUUCGUGGUUGAACUUGUUGAAGGGUUUGGUGAUGGCGAAGGAGAGGGAUAGUCGUUACUGGAGGCGGUCACGGCAAGGACUCGGCAGGGCGUAUGGUUCGAAGCACGACCUCACUCUCCCCACCUCUACCCGGUCCAAGGCAGUAUCCUCCCGCGCUCGUUCGUCUUCUCCGUCGCGUCGACCGCGAUGGCCUCAGCAACCUGCCGUCGACUAUGACUACUCCGCCUGCCCUUCCAUGGACUCCGACUCGCCCACACGCCACGGCAAACGCACGGCCGUAGACGCGUUCUCGCCUACCUCCACUACGUUCGACGAUGUCAGGCCUCACAAGAAGUCAAUGGGUCUUUCGCUCCAGAUUCCGGAGACUAUCGUCGGUGGCGCCGUGCACACACCAUCUCCGCUCGAGUCGCUCCAAUUCUCCAAGCUCUCCCUAGCAUCUUCGCCUGCAGGACACGAGAAUGGGAUGCCAUCUGAUCACCAUAGGCAUGUGUCGCCACAUACACUAGUGGCUGCUUAUCGGAUGGACCCAACAAAACCGAAUCCAACUCCCCAGAACCUCUACUUCUAUUCACUUGCAUGUUCUCCUUUGGCCGAGUCUCGGAAGGCUCGCCUGCGGUACCACCAGCCUAGUGCCCCCACGGCCCCGACGAACUACGCGUUUCCCCCUGUGCAGCCAGCAUACGUUCACUCCGCAACCACAAGCCCGCAUGAUGUCCGUAUGACGCUGCCUCCCGUUCGCCCCCAGCAGUCGGCUUGGUCACCCAGCGUCUACCACUCGUACGACUCUGCGCGUCUGCCGCCGCAAUCAUAUCCGUCCGCGACCGUCGCUGAACAGCCCCAAGGACAUCCUGUGGACCACAAUGUCCCGUCUGCUCCGUUCGCAAACGCCGGUCCGCCAGGCUUUCAUUUUUACCCGGCACCGGGACAGCAACAGCCUUCGCCUAACGACUUGUGGCACCACGGACGUCGUCUAUGAUUGAAUCUUUCCUCUUCUGUAUCAUACGUACCGGGUUUCCUUGCAUUUUUCUGUUACUAGUGCGAAUCCUUCUCCUUUCGGGCGACCGCCUUACGCUAGCUAUGAUUGCAUGUUCCUCCAAUUUGGUCCUCGCUAAUCCCUUCUCAUCUGCAUCUCUCGGCUUUCCCUCGUGCAUCAUCAAUCACUUCUCCCUCCUCUCUUCCCAUCACGUUUCUUUUUCUGCAUUUGGACUCUGAAUCAUAAUCAAUCUCGCCCUUCCACCAGUUUUUUUUUUGCAUGUUCAAUCCAAUCACUUAUAGAGAAUCUAAAUCGUUCUCGCUGUAUCAGUCUUUUUAUUUUGGUCGAUCGGUUUCAGGCUCCUCUACACGCACGCAUACAUUCAUCGACCACCCCAUCCGAAUCCUCCGUCACACGUUCCCAUCCCAUCACAGCACACACAUGAAUAUCCCCGCUUUCCGCCCACCCGUUCUCUCUCUCUCUCGCC